CCCGACCACAUUAUUUCACCCGUGACCAUCGUUACAAGAAAACUCCCAUGAGACCUAAACCUGCUCUUGUGGGCCCAGGACGUCGUGAAGCUCGCCGUCAAGACGUCUUCUAUCAGCUGGGUAUCGACCCACUUCAUGAAAGCCAAAAUGCUGCUCUCCUCUCUGCAUUUGUAACAGAAAUGGGCAAGAUACGGCCCCGCACGCAGACAGGACUAACGACGAAGACUCAACGGAGGUUAGGCAAAGCGAUCCGCAGGGCAAAAAUGAUGGGAGUCAUCCCCUGGCUAAGUAGAGCAAGAACAGGACACUGGCAACGGUGAUGAUAAUUUCUUUUCACGCUCUAGAAGUUGGAGUAUUUUACAUAUAUUUUUUUGCUGCCAUCACCCUGAGUGGAGUAGUUUGGAUACUUCGUCGAUUGUUCGCGCGAAAUUUCGCCAAUGGUAAUCAAAUUUUGGGGCUGAGGACCACUGAGGUUACGCCCAAAGUCA